AUGCCUUUCAAAAAGCGCAAAGCCCAAGAUGCCGAGUUAGCAGAGCCAUCUUCCAAAAAACAAAAGUCGUCUCUUCCUCCACUCGAAGUAUGGGGAAUCGCAGAAAACCCUGCGAAUGCUGGCAAGGCGUUCCUCUCCAUUCCUAUGGAGCUCACAACAGAAAUCUUGAGGCACUUCCCUGAAAUCGACGCGCACACUGGUAUCAUCCAUGGAGAGGGCGAACCAGUGCUACCAAUUGAAUAUUUGCAACGCCCAGAUAUCCUUCGCGCGCUGUCCCAGACAUGUGUAGCAGUUCGACGCGUUUUCUUACCGUUGGCAUGGGAAAACUUGGACUUAUGUGUUACGCCAAGGGUCCAGAGCACUUUUUUUAAGCACGCCGGAGAAACUCUCAAACGCAAGUCGAAUGGAUUGUUAAAAAACAAGGAUUUGGCAAAAUAUGUUGGGGUAGCUAAUUUAGUAUUGACGCGUUAUAAAACCGAUGUCGUCCUCCCGGCAUUAACAUCUUGUCUUCAAUCGUUACCUAACCUGCACACUAUACAUGUGCUCCACGCUCAUCAUACACAGAUGACGACGGCCAUUAAAGGGGCGUUUCGAAACAUCGUGCUACCCCAUGUUCGAACGGUGAUUGUUCCCGGCUAUGGACACGAACUCUUGAAGUGUUGCCCGGGGGUGAGGUCUGUCCGUUGCAUUCGUGAUAAUGGAAGUAAGCUUGUCACCGUCAUUGCGGAGAAUUGUAAGCACGUGGAAGAGAUAAGAGGGUUUUCUACUGAUGAAAAGAUGAUGAAGCGCAUUGUGAAGGCGGCGCCAAAUCUAACAACCAUACAACUUUCAGUGUGGACGGAUGAUGCGAUGAUUAAGAUUCUCUCUGGCCUCAAGAAGUUGACCACUAUUGAAAUAUUUACGAGGAUCAGCAAAGGCGAUGCUUGCCCCCAAGAUCUCCAAAAGACAAUUAAUGAUUGCAAAGCAAUAUUAAAAGCGCCUCAAGCAUCCGAAGAGAGGAGAUACCUGCGCCUGACCCAUGUUCCAGUGGAGGACUGGUACAAUAGAUCUAACAGGCCUGACAUCACGUACAGUGAGGUUGAACUCUACGCGUAG